CCUUUGCCUAAACCCUCAUAAAGUUUCCACAGCAGUAGUGAAAGCUGAGCUGUUGAGCUCCGGGCUCUGAACAGGCACAAAGGAUCUCUCCUAGGCUAUCAUCAGCAGAAGGAACUGCCUUCAGAUCUGUGCAGCACUUGGCACAGUCGGACAUCCACCAAACACGACAGCUAGUCCUGCGGCUGUCCACAUAGUGUGGCUGAUAUGCAACUUUUUAGGUGACCAGGCACGGCUGUUUUCCACUGCCUAAGUGUUAUAAAAGUUGAUUCCAAUGAAGUAAGGUCUACAACAGAAGAUUCAAGCAGGAGGGAAAAAGGAAUACCAAGAAAUUGUGGUAGGCAGCCAGUGCAUCACAGCAGACGUACCCUGCUACUCAGCUGCACCUGCCAGCAGCAGCACUGUUUGGCUGGUGUCAGAAGAACGAAAUGAUACGAUACGAUACGAUACGGUACGAUACUGGGUACAAUACAAGAACAAGCAGGCGCUUGUGCAGCCUCAGCUGGGGACUGUCUGAGCAACAGAAAUAUGAAAAGAGACUCUGGAUGUUACACCAUGGCCGAGCAGCAGAAGCAGGAAGAGAAGCUCUGGGAUGCCAUGAAGAUCACGGCCUAUGUCCUUGGUACAGGCCUGCUCAUAUUCACUGCCUUAGUGAACUCUCUUUCUUGGUAUGUGCAGAACGUCUGGGACACUUCAGGCCAUUUCUGGCAAACAACAUGGUUAAAGUUCUACUACCUGUGUGAGGGAAAGGAGUGGACCAUCUUCCUCCUUGGGGCUGCAUUGGUUCCUAGCCUUGCUUUCUGGUGCUUCAAUGGAAUCCUUAUGGUGGCUGAUGUAACAGGAAAGCCAACUUUCAUUACUCGCUAUCGCAUUCAGCUGGGCAAGAAUGAUCCUGUGGACACAAAGAAAUUGCGCCAAGCCAUCUACACAGUGCUGUGUAAUCAGUUCUUUAUCUCCUUACCCAUGCUUGUGCCCAUGUUCUACAUCAUGAAAUGGUGGGGCAACACCUUCAGCAAGGAAUUACCCACCUUUCAGUGGUUUCUCGUGGAGCUAAGCGUCUUCACCUUAAUAGAGGAAAUUCUCUUUUAUUAUACACACAGGCUUGUUCACCUCCCACUCCUGUAUAAGCACAUUCACAAGAAGCACCACGAAUGGACAGCCCCCAUUGGCGUGGUCUCCAUUUAUGCUCACCCGGUAGAACAUAUGCUCUCCAACACGCUGCCUGUCAUGACUGGCCCGAUGGUCAUGGGGUCUCACAUUGUUUCAAUCUCAGCAUGGUUCUCCCUUGCUCUCCUGACAACAAGCAUUUCGCACUGCGGUUACCACCUGCCCUUCCUACCGUCGCCAGAGUUCCAUGACUUCCACCACCUCAAGUUCAACCAGUGCUAUGGAGUCCUGGGAGUGCUGGAUUAUCUGCAUGGAACCGAUAGAGUGUUCAGACAAACCAAAGCCUACAAGAGACACAGGGUCCUCCUCAGCCUCACACCGCUUUCAGAAAGCAUCCCCGAGGCACCCAGGAGGGCAGAGUGAAGGCAGCAGCCUGUGCUUCUUGCAGAUCCAGUGACUGGAAGGGCGAGAGACAAUGAUUUAUGCCAAAUAGUAUUUUAAUUGGGAAACAAGCUAUUGUUCACACGUAAUGAAACCCACAGCUGAACUUAAACAUGCUACUUGAGAUGACUGUACUUUUGCUGCCUGUUAUUUUCUACGAAAGGCACAAAAAAUGCUCUAGAAAGCUAUUUUUAAACGAAGUUUAGAGGGUUUUUUUCCUUAAUUACUUACGCUGCUCCUUGGUUCUAGCUGCCUGCGCGUAAUCCAGAUGUGCUCUGGGCCACAUGGCUUUGGGGAGUUCCCAGGGAGUUCUCAUUAUUAAAGUUUUAAUGCUUCAGUGUUCACAGGCCAUGCUUUGGCCUCUUUCAGCAGCAUUCUGUAGAAAUACCAGUAAGAUCACUGUAACUAUGUAUGAUAGGAAUUAAAACCACUAUUUUUCUGAGACUGAGAACACCUGGGAUACAGGAUGCAACCCCAUGGAAAGUCAGCGGGAUCAUAACUUUAGAAACACUCUCCCCUGCACACGCAACAGAGGCCUGACUUCCCCAAGCAGUUUUUCUUCACACGAGAUGUCAGUACAGGUAUGAGCUAGGGGCUGUCACAUCCUCAUCUCUGCUCCACAAACUAAUGAUGCAAACAUGAAGCGAGUUUCCCCCUCACUGGACAGGGAAGCAGAGCGGGAAGCUGAUGUGCUACAUGGCAGAAGCCCUGGUACAUCACCUGCUCCUGCUGAGCCUCAUCUCGCUCCCCACGCGCCAAAAGGAGGCACAAACCAAAACAAGCAGCUCUGUAAAUGAUAAAAUAUGGAAAGAGCCUUUCCAGGGAAAGAAGAGGCUGCUGUCCUGAGCUGUGUGGAGAUCAGCAAAGCCCUGUAAGAAAGGACCGAACAAAAAGCACCCAUAAAUUUAUGCACAUCAUAAUCACAGAAUCAUUAAGGUUGGAAAAGAUGUCUAGGAUCAAGUCUAGCCACCAACCCAACACCACGUCUCCUAAACCAUGCCCUGACAUGCCACAUCUACACGGUCUUUGAACACCCCCAGGGAUGGCGACUCCACCACCUCUCUGGGCAGCCUGUGCCAGUGCCUGACCACUUUCAGUGAAGAAAUGUUUCCUAAUACCCAGUCUAAACCUCCCCUGACACAACUUGAGGCCAUUCCCUCUCAUCCUAUCACUAGUGAGUUGGGAGAAGAGACCAACACCCACCUCACUACAACCUCCUUUCAGGUAAUUGCAGAGAGCGAUAAGGUCUCCCCUCAGCCUCCUCUUCUCCAGGCUAAACACCCCCAGCUCCCUCAGCUGCUCCUCAUAAGACCUGCUCUUCAGACCCUUCACCAGCUUCAUUGCCCUUCUCUGGACACGCUCCAGCACCUCAAUGUCCUCGUCCUGAGGGGCCCAAAACUGAACGCAGGAUUUGAGGUACCUACCCAACCGAUCUCGAGACAUGCUGCGAAUUUUCUCCAGGAUCUUUUUCAGUCUCAAUCCUGUCUGGGGGCCUGGGACAAAAAUGACCCCUGCCUCUCACCAUGGCUAGACCCACGUCCUAAGCAAGCCCACCAAGGACAGGAGAUGCAGGGCUGACGGGUGCUGCGCUCACCCGCUGUCAGCCCAGCUCCACCCGUGGAAGCCAACUCUCCUCCCCCACCCUCCUCCAGUCCCCACCACCAGACAGAACAGAACCCAGCCUGUUCAGCCACCCACAGCCCCCCAGGGAGGGGAAUCCAGCAGAACAGAAAACCCAGGCUGCAUUGUCUUUUGAAGUUUUUAUUUUUAUACAUUUUUUUUGUAUUAAAAAGGAAAAAGCAUAAUUACCACAAAUUACAAAGGACUAAAGCAUUACUAGAAUAAUGAAUCACAUCAGCCUAGAAAGCAGAUACUCUGAAUAAUAUUAAUGUUAUAAUACAAGCUCUCAUUCAAGUAUUUUACAUUUUUCUCUUUUUCCUUUUAUAUGUGAUGAUGAUCCUAGCACAUGGGUCAAAGAUUAUGUACUAUCGACAGAAGAUGGAUCAUGUACAGCGGGCCGUAUUAACAAGAUUUUCCUCCCAAGUGAUACAUGGUCUGUGAUGAGUCAUUUUAAGUUUGUCUCUACGAUAAAUGCAGCUGAAGAAGGUUGCACACACGUUCUAGUUUUGGGAAACAGAAGGCUGAGGUUGGGACACACAGGGUUUGAGAAGGGCCAGCACAUCGAACCAGCACCCCUUUUUGUUCCAGGAGAGCAGAGGGCCACCCUUGCUGGGGUGCAGCUCAGCGGAGGUUUCUGAGCCACAGAUCCGAAGGUUUCCAACCCCAGUGGGACCGGGACAGGCUGGGAGAGGAGGAGGGGGAGCGGGGCUGCACCAGGGAGGCUCGAGGGACCAAGAGGCACCAAGCACCCCCUGCCCCAAGAGACACCAUGGCAGGCGCCAGCCCCUGCGCGGGGCUGACACCAGGAGAGCCAGCACAGGGGACAGCGCGGGGACCUGGGGGGUGACCCCAGCACGCUCCCGCACGCCGCGGCGGGGUGGCUGGCACCCAGGGCGCUCCCCGCUCCUCUGGAGCUUCCCACCAAAGGGAUGUGCUUGUCACAGAUACAUCGGUCCUAUGUUCAAGUGUCUGCAGAAAGUGAAACUGUAAACUACUCAUUGAAACGCUGCCCUCCAGCCACCCGCUCCACGCCACCGAGAUGAAUGUUUUCUUCAAAGAGAAAUAAAAAAAAAAAGGUAAUUCCUCUAUUACCUGUAUUGGAAACCUUUAAAAAAAAAACAAACCAAAACAAAAAGUCAGUGAGGCAUUUAACACCAAGUGUAGCAACCCUCUCAAAAAGAGCCUAACAUCCAUUUUGAAACAGUGACAAAGUGACAUAACCAGCCUCAGAGGAGACAGGGAAAAAAAAUAAGCUUUGCAAACACAGCUUGCUACAUUUACAGUUUUCCUUUUUUUUUUUUUUUUUUUUUUUUUGCCGUUUCAUAAAAUAACUGGAAAGGCAUUAUCAGCUAGAAGGCCCCCUCUGCACUGCCAUGCUAAACGUGUACAGACAUGUGGCAGGAUACUGAGGUUAACGCAUCGUUUUGUUACAGUACAGUCAACCAGUCCCAAGCAAGAUGAGCAGGUGCCAAAACCCACGGGACCCCAAGAGCUACAGUGACAAGCCACCAUCAGGGGUGCGAGGGGGGCAGCAGGAAGAGGGACAGACAGGCCAAAAGAACAGCAGGUUUAUUACUUUUUUUAAAAAUUCCCCCCCCCCCCCAAAUGCCCAUGGCAAAGCAACAGAGCCUCCUAUGAAACGCACCUUCCGCCUCCACCCCUGAUCCCGUGCCAGAGCUCUGUACCUGUUGUAACCGCCUGCAUCCUAAAGAUGGGCUGACACGCAGCACCUGGGCAAGGAGCUCCAGCUGUAGCAGCCUGGGACCUCCCGAGAAGAGGGGUGAGAUGGGGGUGCUCCCCCUGCCCUGCCCGCCGGCCUCCACUAGCCCUCCCAAGAGCAGCCAGGGCUCCCUCCAGCCACGCUGGGCGCCAGCACCGCGCAGCCCUCGCGAGCUACGGGACGGACCAACGGACCAAUGCUCACAGGAGUAUGCAUGCCCCAUCGCUCAGACCACUAGAGGGG